UGGAGGACCUCUUUUUUUCUUUUUUCUUUCCCCCAACCCGCCUCCUUCUCCUUUACCCGAUUCUCCACGACUUGGAACGAUCUUUUGCGACAACUUGCACGCUCUCUACGACCGGAUUCGAUACCCUACUUGUACUGAGACGAUCUCCUCCCACCUCCCACCUCCCCCCUUAAACCUCGAGUCGCACCCGCCCGUUCCAUCACACGAACGCUCAAAUAGUUACGAUCACGAUCGCGAAGAGAAUCAGGUCGUCAUGGCUGAUCUAGGGGGCCAGCAAGGCCGGAAUUACCGGCCUUACGGACACCCCUCUGCCUUUCAGCGUGAUGCUGCAUACUCCGAGAUCUUUGGCGGUGCUCCGCCACCGGGACGCUCGCAAACGAUGACAUCUCAAACCCCUCAAUUCUCCCAAGAUCGAGCUCACACGAUGUCAUCACACGUGCCACAUCCACAGAUGCACCGAGGGCCUCCCCCACCCGCACGCCAGAUGCAGAAUGGAUACUCAUCGGGGGCGCCGAACGGCUACUACCAAGCAUACUCCGGUAGCGCGGCACCGCCCUCCUUUCAGCAAUCGUCUCAGCACCCCGCACGGCCUUACCCCGGACGCUCAGCUUAUCCUCAGCCUCAGAGGUUGGAUUCCCGGCCAAACACGGGGCCACAAUACCCAGACACAAAGGGUUACACCAGGACAAUGCCGGCUCAUCCCGCCCUGAACUCGGAUGCGAAUCGAUCACGGUCAAUGGCGAAAAUGGGUGGUCCUCCAAUGUUUCAACCCUCCCUGAGUAGCUUUAACCAUACUUCUGCCAAUGCAAUCCGCCAACAGCAGUACAAUGCAGCGGCUCCGAUGACAGCUCAGGGGCGACCCGUUCCUGAGCGGAACCCGAACGAGCGCGCCAUGUCGCUGACCACCUACCCGACGGAUCGAGAUCAUGCCUACACCACAAGCACGGGGCGAGUGAUUCCACCCAGAAGGCAACCAUCCGGGCCAAACCAGCCUCCAGUCAAUGGCUACCCGCCUGAGCCCACAAGCGCCCAUAACGUCAACGGAAGACCCCGCCCGCCCAGCGAUGGAUCCAACAAUUCACGAUCCAUGUCAAUGGCAUCGACCGUUGUGCCGGAUCGAACAAUGAGCAUGCAGAGCACAGUGACAGGAAAGCCGAACACCAAUCAGCCCGGCCUCGCACAAAGCAACUCCCGUCGGAGUAAGGUUCCCCUGGUCUAUCCGGCUUUGCUUUCGCGGGUCGCGGAUGUUUUCCGGGAGCGGAUCACUUUGUCUGAACUACAAAAGAACGGGCUGUCAUAUCAAAACGCUUUCACCGGUGCGCACGCAGUGGAUUUGAUUGCACACAUCAUUAAGACGAACGAUCGGAAUCUGGCUUUGCUCUUGGGUCGUGCUCUGGAUGCCCAGAAGUUUUUCCACGAUGUGACGUAUGAUCAUCGUCUGCGAGAUGCACAGGGGGAGAUCUAUCAGUUCAAAGAGACGAUGGGAGAAGAGGCGCCCAGCUCGGAGGUCAAUGGUGUAUUCACGCUGUUGAGUGAAUGCUAUUCGCCAACUUGUACCCGAGAUAGCCUGUGCUAUUCCAUCGCCUGCCCCCGAAGACUUGAACAGCAGGCAAGGCUGAAUCUGAAGCCGCAGCCGGGAUUACGAUCUUCUACCUCUAAAGGCAGUCUGCACGGCGAUGACGACGAUAAUGACAAUCAGAAACUCUGGAUCAACAUGGUGCCCAAGGAGGUAUCUGACAGCAUUGACGACCGUGAGAAGAAGCGUCAAGAGAUUAUCUUUGAGAUCAUGUACACCGAACGUGACUUCGUUAAAGACCUAGAGUAUCUGCGAGACUUCUGGAUGAGGCCAUUGCGGGCUGCUGGCAACGCCACCACCUCACCUAUCCCCGAACAUCGCCGUGAGAAAUUCAUUCGAACGGUCUUCGGAAAUUGUCUAGAGGUCCUAAAGGUCAAUGGGGGUCUCUGCGAAGCUCUAAAUGCGCGACAAAAGGAAAGCCACGUUGUCAAGACGGUCGGUGAUAUCUUUCUUCAACACGUGCCACGGUUCGAUCCGUUCAUCAAAUAUGGUGCCAACCAACUGUAUGGCAAAUACGAGUUCGAGAAAGAGAAAGCCUCAAAUCCCGCAUUUGCAAGAUUUGUAGAGGAGACGGAGCGAUUGAAGGAGUCGCGUAAACUCGAACUGAAUGGUUACCUGACCAAGCCGACUACCCGUCUCGCAAGAUACCCACUUCUGCUAGAGCAAGUGAACAAGAACACGGCUGAGGACAGUCCGGAUCGCCAGGAUAUUCCCAAGGCAAUUGCGCUCAUCAAGGACUUCCUGUCUCGUGUCAACGCGGAGAGUGGAAGGGCUGAGAAUCAUUUUAACUUGGUGCAGCUAAACGCAGCGCUGAAGUUUGGUCCUGGCGAUUAUGUUGACCUGAAGCUGACCGAGGAGAAUAGACAGAUGUUGUCGAAGAUGGCGUUCAAGAAGACGCCAACUGACAGCUCAGAGGUUACGGCAUACCUUUUCGAUCAUGCAGUUCUCCUGGUGAGAAUCAAGGUUGUGAACAAGCGUGAGGAAUAUCGCGUGUAUCGGAAACCUAUUCCGCUUGAGCUGUUGGUCAUCGCUCAGAUGGAUGAGGUAAUACCGAAGGUGGGAAUUCCCAAACGGCCGUCGUCCAGCCUCCUCUCCAACAAGGCUGCAGCAAAUCCGCCCACCACCAAAGAUGGCCUUCCUAUCACCUUUAGACAUCUUGGCAAGGGAGGGUAUGAGCAGACUUUGUACGCCACAUCGACCACCCAACGGCGAAAAUUCAUUGAGUUGGUAGAAGAGCAGCAGCGGAAGCUCAGGGAGCGCAAUAGCAACUUCUACAACAAGACAGUCCUCUGUCAAAACUUCUUCACAUCCGUCAAUCGUGUCAACUGCCUUGUUCCAAUUGAUGGUGGCCGAAAGUUGGUUUACGGUACAGACAGCGGCAUCUACCUCUCCGAACGCUGGCCGAAAGACAAGUCAGCGAAGCCCCGGCGUGUUUUGGAUGUCAGCCAGGUUACCCAGAUUGAUACAUUGGAAGAAUACCAAUUGCUAUUGGUUCUGUCUAACAAAACACUGUCCUCGUAUCCCAUGGAUGCACUCGAGAUCCAUGAGGGUCAGAAUACAGUCGCGAAGCGGCCCAAGAAAAUCCAAGGUCAUGCGAACUUUUUCAAGGCUGGUAUCGGGCUCGGACGUCAUCUGGUGUGCUCUGUCAAAACGUCUGCUUUGUCGACGACUAUCAAGGUUUACGAGCCUAUGGACAAUUUGGCGAAGGGUAAGAAGAAGUCGGCUGUCAGUAAGAUGUUCCAGAGUGGACAAGACACGUUGAAACUCUUCAAGGAGUUUUACAUUCCUGCCGAGUCUUCGUCGAUUCACUUCCUUCGCUCAACACUCUGUGUCGGCUGUGCCCGAGGAUUUGAGGUCGUCAGUCUCGAGACCACCGAAACGCAGUCUCUGCUCGAUCAGGCAGAUACUUCUCUUGACUUCGUCGCGCGCAAGGAGAAUGUCAAGCCUAUUCACAUUGAACGCAUGAACGGCGAAUUCCUUUUGAACUACAGCGACUUCUCAUUCUUCGUCAAUCGCAACGGGUGGCGUGCCCGACCCGAUUGGAGGAUCUCCUGGGAGGGCAACCCCAACGCAUUUGCACUUUCUUACCCUUAUAUUCUCGCCUUCGAACCCAACUUUAUUGAAAUCCGGCACAUUGAAACGAGCGAGCUGGUGCAUAUUAUGACAGGGAAGAAUAUCCGCAUGUUGCAUUCGUCGACCAGAGAAAUUCUUUAUGCCUAUGAAGAUGAGUCAGGGGAGGAUGUGGUCGCCAGUUUGGAUUUCUGGAACAAGCCACAACACUAGGUUAAUGACCACUGACAUGGGUCGAAGGAGAGAAGAUGCGGGGAGAGACAAUUUUAUGUUCUAUUUCCAGCCCAAGUAUCCUUUAUUUUGACUGCGCUUUAGAAAGGCCUUUGUUUUCUUUUCAUCCGAUUAGCUCAAAAAGGCGG